UGAAGAGGGAAUGCUUCAAAGUCAGACACAGCAGGUUCAAGGCUGGGAAAAACACCUGUCAAAGCCUUGUCUGUUCCCGUUUUGUAGUUUCCUUAGCUACGAUGCUAAAAAAGAAGCCACAAAAGGAAGCUGUGGUUCAUUAAGGCUCUGAAAGAUCUGUUUUCUGGGGGGAUAAGCAGCAUUUUUACCGCUUGGUAAGCUGGGGCAAAGUGCACAAAGAGUGGAAUUAAUGGUUCUUAAACUUACAGGGACACUUUGGGAGAGGUGUGCCUGCAGCCUUUAUUGUUUGGCUCCUAGGCCAGGAUUAAACUGUGGUCCUGGUGGGGAAGCUAGCAGCCAGGGUAAGUAGCAAUGCUAACGUCUGGGUUGCUUUGGCAGUUGCCCUGUGCCUCCUGUAUCUGUGCAGGGCAGGGAACAGGGUUGGUGCAGGCCGGUGGCUAGGAGCAGUGUCGCUGCUUCCCUAGCGAGUUCUGCAGCCUAGCAGGGGGUUAAGAAGAGAGAAGAAUUGCACAAGUAUGUAUCUGUUUACCUGGACUUAACCAGACUGCGUUUGCAGAGCUUGCCUGCAUCUCAUAGCCAGCGAAUGCUCCAAGUAGUGCGUUUCUGGUGGGAACAGGUCAGAAACUAUUCUCGACAUUUAGGGUUCUAACAUGGUGAUAGAGAAAAUUCUUUCCCAGGUACAAAUGAGACAGUGUGGCCGAGCCAGCCAUCAGGUCACUGCUGAAAGGGCUGACCCUGUUCCCUCUUCCUCUCUCCUCUGCAUUCAUAAACACGUGCUCUUGCAGUAUUUCCCUUGUGCUUGCUCCAGUGCUUCUCUAACCCCCCCCGGAGGUGACAGCCAAGUUAUUUUUGGACAGAAGGUUCAAUGGGCAGAAAACUAAGCAGCAAAAGAAGUGGCUUGUUUCAUGCAGGGGUAGCGAGUUGAAUCGGCUCAGCACAGGACCAUUUGCACCUUGGAGCUGUCACAAGAGAUGAAGCAGAAGGAUGGGAAUGGCGGCAGGGAAGGUCCGCACAUCCCCUUUUGGCAGAAGCGAGCCAUGAGGUUCUCUCGCAUGUGUCCCCCAGAUACGCCCAUGGUUGGCAGGAGCAGAGCAGCAGCUUGGGAAGUCUGUACUGAUCACUGGUAACCGAGGCUUGGCUGCUGCUUCUCAGGGCUGGGAGGCUGACGCUAGGGGCUUGUGUCCCACGUUAGUGGUGGCUGGUUUCUGUGACGGAGGCAGAGUGACGGCAGGAUGUGUGAGGGGCCAUCCAGGAUUUCUGGGCCAAUUCCUCCAGACCCUACGCUCUUUCCAAACUAUUACAAACGCCCCUUCUCGGCUCGAGGGAGGUUGGAAGGGAAUGCUCAGAAGCUGGAUUUUACCACUAGCCCCCUGGACCCAGUUCCCAUCCCAUACCCAGCUUUGGGCAAUGCCUGCCAGGUUCAGCCAGCCCCUCGCAUUCGCCCCAGUGGGAAGGACUUCCUGGAGAAGGGACAGCAAGGGACGCUCAGUCUCUUACUGCAGCUUGAAGGGGUCUCCCUUGAUGGGGGGCUGCCAGUCAAGAGGAAAGAGUCCAAGGACCAUGAGAAGGUAAAUAUGAGGCGAAUAAAGGAGAUUCAGAAGAAGUGCAAAGAGAAGGAGCGAGCCCGAGAGCAUGGCCAGCCCAAGCCUGUGAAAGCUCUGUGGAAGUCCCAGAAAUAUGAAAAUGUGGAGUCAAAGGUGAAGGCCAAACUGCAGGAGAGCUCCCCACCUCCAAAUCCAGAAGCUCAGAAAUUCCUAAAAGCAUAUUCUCGCUGUGGCCCUGGGAUCAAGCCAUGCAGAUCACUCUCCCCAAGGCCUGCCAGAACGAAAGCAGGAGCAGAUGCAGAGGCUCCAGAGGCACUGGGUGCUGAAACCAAGAUCCAGGUGGAGGGCAAGAGCAUUGACUUCAUUAAGCACAACGCCUGCAACGCCAAGCGGGCCCUGCUGCGGCGCUCCCAGUCCCUGCAGGCGCUGGCCAAGCUGUUGGAACAGAAGCACCAGGAGCAGGAGGAGUACAACGCCAAGCAAAAGGGCCACAUCCCCCAGUACCUGCUGGAGAGGAAGGAGCUGUGGCGCAGGCAGAUGGAGGAGCAGCUGCGAAACCUGCCAAAUCCUGACACGCCACCUGGUCAUACCAAGAUGCCAGAGAGCCAGCGGCUGGAGACCCUUGGCGAUCUGAAGCAGAGCCAGGAGCAGCUGAUAAAGGACCUGGUGAUGCUGCCAGUGGGCACAGACACCCUCAGAAUGCAGAAGAGGCGGGUAGAGCUGGAGAGGAAGCUCUCCCAGAUAGAAGAGGCCAUCAAAAUUUUCUCGAGGCCCAAGGUCUUCAUCAAGCUGGACUCCUGAGCUGGUGGGGCCAAGUGUGUUGUGCUGCUCUGUGCGAACAUCCUGCAUCACCGGGAAGGGACGAUCAUCACCUUGGGAGGGAAGGAGAGGAAGGCAAGUUCAGAACCCUGGGCCCAUGCAGGUGCCAAUACAGCGUCCAAUAUGCAGCCGGCACCUCCCUGCCCACCCGCCAGUGGUGUCUUGUCCAUGGAAAAGGGAGGGAGAUGCCCUAACACACUUUCCACCCUGUGGUCUGCAGAGCAGUUGUCUCUCUGCUGUUUGACUUCUCAGAGAUUAGUUCUCUGCUCUGUGUCCAUGGCAUCACCUCCUAUUUUCCUACUUCUGGAAACUGGUAGGGGAUCUCCCGUGCUGCUACCAGUGGUGUUCCUUGUCCCCCUCGUGAGCUGGGCCAUGGUCACGGCUCAUUCCGGGCACCUGCACAUGUCUGCCAUGUGUGCCCUGGUCCCGAGCGCUGACCCAGCCUGCUCACACGGCUGGUGCCUCUGCACCCUCUGACCUGCUGGCUGGGCUCAGUAGCUCGGGGACAGCUCAGGGACAGUGGAGAAGUGCGGAGCUUCAGUCCUUCCUGCCCAGGGCGGAGCUGGGCUGGCUGCAGGGUUAUCUGGCAGGUUGUCUGGAGAAGCCUUUGUUGUCUGUGAGGCAGGAUGUGCUCAAGUAAAGCAUCGUUUUCUUCUUUCA